UAAAAGGCCCUUCCUCUCUCGACCAAACUCAACAGCCGAAGGGAUAGAGACCGAGAGGGAUAAUUCUAAAUGCGCUUUUAAUCUUCAAACUUAAUUUUCACAAAUAAACUGAUGAUGGAUAUUUACCCUAUUUGGUAGUAACUUUCGAUAAGUGUAAAAUACAAGGUCGCCACCCAAUCACAAUUUGAAAUACAAAGCCUUUGGUAUUUUACAUUUUCUAUUAAUUUUUUCUGCCAACAUUAUGCCAAUACAAUUCCUCAAUCUGCAAUUUUUGAUAGGUACUAAAUUUAAGCAACUUUUUUAAAGAUGUCUCGAAGGAGAGUUGCAGUUAUAGGAGCAGGUCCAUCUGGAAUAUGUGCCGUAAAAACUCUUCUCGAGGAUGGACUAGAGCCAAUAUGUUUUGAAAGAACAAAUCAUAUCGGUGGUCUUUGGAGAUAUCAUGAUGACGAUAUCGAUGGCUUGGCUUCUGUUAUGAAAACAACAAUUAUUAAUACGAGUAAAGAAAUGAGUGCUAUUAGUGAUUUUCCACCAGCUGAUGAUGCUCCAAAUUAUAUGCAUAACAAAGAAGUUCACCACUACUUGGUACAGUAUGCAACAAAAUUCGGAGUUAACAAAUACGUAAAUUUCAACAAAGAGGUGAUAGAGAUCAACAUGGCUGAUGAUUACGAUGCUACUGGGUGCCUAACAGUUACAGUAAAAGAUACAAAAGAUGGACAAAUCAGUAAGGAUAUAUAUGAUGGUGUUAUGGUUUGCAUCGGUCAUCACGUGUAUCCAAAUAUGCCUUCAUUUCCUGGUAUGGAUAUAUUUAAAGGCAAGAUAAUGCAUACGCAUAGUUUAAAAAACGUCCAAUCAUUUAAUGAUCAAGUUGUUGUGAUAGUAGGUACUGGCAAUUCUGGAAUGGAUGCUGCUGUUGAAAUAUGUUCCGUAGCAAAGCAAGUGCACCUGAGUACAAGACGAGGCACUUGGGUCAUACCGAGAAUUGGAGCUUAUGGUAUACCGUUUGACUUGCUCUAUACUCGAAGAAUUUUCGAUUUUAUUUACCAGCAUGUGCCAUAUUCUCUAUCAUGCUGGUUCGUAGAAAGAAUAUUAAAUCAGAGAUUUGAUCAUGAUAAAUAUAACAUCAAACCAGCACAUAGAGUUUUGAGCCAGCAUCCUACAAUGAGUGAUGGUCUUCCCAUAAAACUUCUCAGUGGAGUAGUUAAAAUGAAGAAAAAUAUCAAAGAAUUUGUUGAAAGUGGAGUUAUUUUUGAAGGUGAAAAUCAAGUUACUGAAUGUGAUGCAGUUGUUUUUGCUACUGGUUACCAAAUCAAAUUUCCUUUCCUUAACGAAAGACUCACUACUGUUAAAAACAAUCAACCCCAUCUCUAUAAAUAUAUGUUUCCAUCCCAUUUAAAAUAUCCAAGUCUAGCAAUCAUAGGUUUGAUUCAGUCAGUCGGUGCAGGAUUUCCUUGUGGAGAAUCCCAAUUACGUUGGGCGACAUUAAUAUUCAACGGUAAAUUAAGCUUACCCUCACCAGAAGAAAUGGAGUUGGACAUUAUUAAAAAGAAGAAAAUGAAUGAAAAACGGUACACCAAAUCUAAACGUCACACUAUACAAGUCGAUUAUAUUGACUAUCUGGAUGAAAUUAAUUCUCUUUUUGGAGCUAAGCCAAAUUACUUGAAGAUGUUCUUUAGAGACCCAGCUCUGUUCUGGACUUUAUUUUUAGGUCCUUCUUUGCCAUAUCAAUAUAGACUUGAGGGACCACAUUCUUGGCCUGGAGCAAGGAAAGCGAUAAUGAAUUCUAAGAAGCGUUUAUUUAAACCAUUGAAAGAAGAUUACAUUGCCAAACCUAAGAACAUAAUUAAAAAGAAAUUUUUUAUUUUUUUCAUAGUUUUUGUUGCUGUUUUACUUAGCUAUUUUCAAGUUUUUGUUUAAAAUUGCUGAAAUUUUGUAAGAAUAAUUAAUAGUUUAAAAUUUUUGCUAAUGAAAUUAAUUGGGAUUUUCUUAUAACUUUUUUUUUCUGAGUGGAAUAAAGGCAUUUAAUGACGUAUACUUUUUUUAAAAUAUUUUUAGAAAUAUUGUCAGAAUUUUGUCCCAAGUUGUGCUUAAUCAGGAAACAAGAAUUUAAACAAUAACAGACUGAGUAGAAUUAAAUAGUUUUGAUUUUCUCAUUGCAA